CGUUCACUUCACUAAUAGUCUGUGCUUCACUACGUAUUGAAAUCUCAACCCGGCCGGUGUGCUAAAAUAACUAAGCUGUGAAAUUUCGUAUUAAAUUACGAAAAACAAUUAGGUUGCAACACAAUACGUGGUCAUUAGUGAAAGUAACUAAGAUGGCAGACCAAGGGUUUCUAAAGCAAAAGCCUGGAUUUGCAACUAUAGCUAUUCAUGCUGGGCAAGAUCCGGAAAAAUGGAGUUCAGCAGCUGUUGUUCCACCCAUAGUAACAUCCACUACUUUUAAACAACCAGCACCGGCCGAACACACCGGAUUUGAGUAUGGUAGAUCGGGAAACCCAACAAGAAACACUUUAGAAGAAUGUCUCGCUGCACUUGAUGGAGGAAAAUACGGUUUCACUUUUGCUUCUGGUCUUGGUACAACUACUACACUGAUAUCAUUGCUAAGCAAUGGUGAUCACAUAAUUUCUAGCGAUGAUGUCUAUGGUGGUACAAAUAGACUUUUUAGGAAUGUAGCGACGAGAAUGGGAAUAGAAGUGUCUUUUACUGACUUUACAAACUUGGAAAAAUUUAAGAAGGAAUUUAAGAAAAAUACAAAAAUGAUCUGGGCAGAAACACCAACGAAUCCACUUAUGAAAGUUGUGGAUAUACCUGCAAUCGUAAAAGAAGCAAAAAAUCAUGGCGACAUCAUUGUCGUCGUAGAUAACACUUUCCUAACUCCUUAUUUACAAAAGCCCUUGGAUUUUGGAGCUGAUGUGUCAAUGUAUUCUUUGACCAAAUACAUGAAUGGACAUUCUGACGUCAUUAUGGGAGCAGUUGUACUAAAUGAUGACAACCUUGAAAAAAGACUUCGAUUUUUGCAAAACGCGAUGGGAGUUGUACCGUCACCAAUCGAUUGCUACAUGGUAAACAGAAGUUUGAAAACCUUAGCGCUUCGUAUGGAACAACACAAGAAAUCUUCACUGAUCAUAGCAAAGUGGUUGGAACAGCAUCCAAAAGUUGUUGAAGUUUUACAUCCCGGACUUUCGUCGCACCCACAACAUGAAAUUGCUAAGAAACAAAUGACUGGACAUUCAGGAGUAUUCAGUUUUAGGCAUUCCGGAGAUCUAAAAGAAUCUCGUGCAUUUUUGAGUUCCUUAAAGAUUUUUAUUCUUGCUGAAAGUCUAGGCGGAUAUGAAAGUUUGGCAGAAUUACCAUCUGUAAUGACACAUGCAUCAGUACCUGAAGAUCAAAGAACUGAACUGGGUAUUACGCAUUCUCUUAUUAGACUUUCCGUGGGUCUGGAAGACACAGAUGAUCUUAUUUUUGAUUUAAAACAAGCCUUUAAAGAAGCUUUCCAAAGCAACGAGUUGUGAUAUUAGUCUUAAGAUUCAAUAUUACAUCACAAUCCUUAUAAAACCCUAAAAUCAAGUUAAAACUUUAAUAAGCAAUUUAAUAAAUAUUAUAUUAGAGGAAAAUAGUAUUUUAUGCACUUAGCCAAAACCUAUUUAAAGGACGUCACUUUAGUACCAGCUUUUAUAAAAAAAUAUAUAUUUCAAUGUUUUAGCCAUAUUUACGAAAGGAUUUUUUUAACGUUUAACAAUCUACUAUUUUGUUAAAAAAUACAUAAAAUAUGUAUAAUGUCAUGUUAAAAUGUAUAAUAAUAAUUAUGUACCUAAUUGUUGCUGUAUUUGAUAUUUUAAUUAAGUGGUCUAACGUUCGAGUUCGAUUUCGAUGCAAACUGUCAAACUUACUGCAAUGCAAAUUCAAUUCAGUAUGAAAUGACUUUAUGUGUACCUACAAUGAAUGAAUUAGCAUAGAUCAAAUGAGGUUAAUAACAUUACAAGGAGGUUAAGUGUGUAAACUGUAACCAUAGAGACUCUUAAAUAUUGAUAAAGUAAAUGUAAUUACCUUUAUUUUCUACCUCAUUUUGAAUAAUCAUCAGUUUUAUCCAUGUAAAUAUAUUCGAACGUUUGCUACUUCUGAAUAAUAUACACUGCUUACAUUGUGUUUUUAUCGGCCUUAUUGCCUUUUAACAUGUUUACAUUUUAUUUUCACAAUAUUAAUUAUGCUUGUGCACACAAAAUACAACAUUCUUUUUAUUUUAUGUUUUUAGUUUCUUAUUUUAGUUUAUUCCCAAAUACUUAGCAUCUAUUGAUAACGGGAAACCGUCGUAGAAUGCAUUUGGUACAUUUUUUUACAUAGGAAAUUAUGUGGAAAUGGAGUGAAGAUGAAAAUUGAACGUUUUUUCAACUUUUAUUACGAAUGAUUGUAAUUCUACAAUGUACGACACUACAUUUUUAGUAAUUUGUAUUGAAGGGUUAACAAAACAAGAGUCAACAACAACAACAAAAGAGUUAACAUACAGUAACCAUACAAAUAAAUAGAAUAAUGUAGAACCAAUUUAAUUGGUAUCAUUUCUGUG